CCACACUUCCCAUUCGGUGCCGCUUGGCAUCACAUCGGGUCCAUAUACUUCUUCGCUCCAUCCCCGGCAAGAAGACACACACGUAAGGCCUGGUCACAAAAGCACGCAUAGAGGGAGUCCGCUGCAAAUUGGACUACCCGGUAGAGUGUCCUGCCUGCGCCACAACCUACGCACAGACCUGAAGAGCUUGCAGCUUCACAGCAAGUCCUUCCUGUACGAACCCCAACACGUCGUACGGGCGCUACGUAGCAAAUACGGAUCCCAAGCUACCUUCUAGGUGAUAGGAAAGGGGCCAUUCUUACCUGGCAGCAACCAGCAAGCUUCGAUAGCAGCAGUCAGCAGAUCAACAUCAGCAACGGUCAAAGCUUCUCACAAUUUCGAGAAUGGACGCGGCAUGGACACACACGGUGGAGGAGUGCAUCAAAGCGCUCGGCUCGGAUGCAAAGAAGGGCUUGUCUUCCAGCGAGAUCGCGGAGAGGCACACUAAAUAUGGAAAGAAUGCCUUGCCGGAGCAGGCAGGCGACUCGCUCUUCAAGUUGAUUCUUGACCAGUUUAAGGACCAGCUUGUCCUUAUCCUGCUCGCUUCAGCCGUCAUCUCCUUCGUUCUCGCGCUGUUAGAAGAGUAUGAGUCGCUUGGCACCGCGCUCAUCGAGCCAGGUGUCAUCUUCCUGAUUCUCAUCGCCAACGCGACUGUUGGCGUGGUCCAGGAGCGCAAUGCCGAAGAGUCGAUCGAAGCGCUCAAAAAGUACUCGCCGGACAAUGCCUCUGUCGUACGCGAUGGCUCGACGCUUCGCGUCAAGGCAGAGGAGCUGGUGCCCGGUGAUAUUCUCGUCAUCGCCGUCGGCGACAAAGUCCCCGCUGACUGCCGCCUGAUCGCCAUCAAUUCGAGCAGCUUCCGCGUUGACCAGGCCAUUCUAACUGGCGAAUCUAUCGCCGUCAACAAGGACCUUUCUCCCGUGGCAGACGCACGCGCCGUCAAGCAGGACAUGACCAACACCCUUUUCAGUGGCACCACCAUCGUCAGUGGCUCCGGCGUCGCCAUCGUCGUUCGCACCGGAGAGAAGACAGCCAUCGGUGACAUCCAUGCGGAAAUCAGCCAAAAGGACGCCGACGAAAAGACGCCGCUGAAGCAGAAGCUCGAUGAGUUUGGCGACAUGCUUGCCAAGGUCAUUAGCGUCAUCUGCAUUCUUGUGUGGCUCGUGAACAUUCGACACUUCAGCGAUGCAAGCCACCACGGCACGCUCAAAGGGGCCAUCUACUACUUCAAGAUCGCAGUCGCGCUCGCCGUUGCCGCCAUCCCCGAAGGCCUAGCUGCGGUCAUUACGGCGUGCCUCGCGCUCGGGACGAAGAAGAUGGCUGCGAAGAACGCCAUCGUCCGCCACCUACCCUCGGUCGAGACGCUCGGCUCGACUAACGUGAUCUGCUCCGACAAGACUGGCACGCUCACCACGAACCAGAUGAGCGUUACGCGUUUCCUUGUCUUUGGCGACUCGGCGGCCGACGUGCGCGAGUUUGACGUUGAAGGCAGCAGCUACGCACCCGAAGGCGCCAUCACGUCCACCGCCGCUAGCAACCCCGUCGGCAAGCUCAACGUCGCUGAUAGCUCGAUCCAGGCGCUGGCGGAAGUCGCGGCUGUCUGCAACGAUGCUCAGGUCGUCUACAGCGCUGAGGACAAGAGGUACAACUGCAUUGGGCAGCCGACCGAAGCCGCACUUAAGGUGCUUGUCGAGAAAAUUGGCCACCACGACAACACGGCGAACGCUUCAUUUGCCACGCUGGACGCAGUGCAGCGUGCCAACGCCGUCUCGACGCUCUACCAGGCAUCCAUCCCGCGCCUGCUGACGCUUGAGUUCUCGCGCGAUCGCAAAAGCAUGAGUGUCCUCAUCCGUCGCACGGACAACAGCGGCGUGCUACUCGUCAAGGGCGCGCCUGAGACCGUGCUCGAUCGCUGCUCGUUCCUCCACCUCGGCAAGGCGCGCGCACAGAUGACUCCUGCGAUCCGCAAUAGCUUGAACGACAAGGUGGCCGAUUACGCGACGCGCGGCCUGCGCUGCCUCGUCCUCGCCGUGGCCGAAGGUGUGCCGCUCGACAUACAGGCGUACAAGUCUGAGACCACCGCAGAGUAUGCGCGCUAUGAGCAAAAUAUGACGUUCGUCGGCCUCGUCGGCAUGCUCGACCCGCCGCGGCCAGAGGUCCGAGGCGCGAUCGAGCGCUGCAGGAGCGCCGGUAUCCGCGUCAUCGUCAUCACAGGCGACAACAAGAACACGGCCGAGACAAUCUGCCGGCAGAUCGGCGUCUUUGGCGACAGCGAGGACCUCACCGGUAAGAGUUACACGGGUCGCGAGUUCGACGAGCUUGACGACCAGGCCAAGCGCGACGCCGUGCUGCGUGCCAGCUUGUUCUCGCGCACGGAGCCGACGCACAAGAGCCAGCUCGUUGACCUCCUCCAGGAGCAGGGCCUCGUCGUCGCCAUGACGGGCGAUGGCGUUAACGACGCGCCAGCGCUCAAGAAGGCCGACAUUGGAAUUGCUAUGGGUACUGGCACGGACGUCGCCAAGUCCGCCGCAGACAUGGUCCUCGCGGACGACAACUUUGCGACUAUUGAGACGGCCGUCGAGGAAGGCAGGUCGAUCUACAACAACAUGCAGAGCUUCAUCCGCUACCUCAUCUCCUCCAACAUCGGCGAGGUCGUAUCGAUCUUCCUCACCGUGCUCCUUGGCAUGCCGGAGGCGCUCAUCCCUGUCCAGCUGCUCUGGGUCAACCUCGUUACGGACGGCUUGCCCGCUACCGCUCUCGGCUUCAACCCUCCUGACCACGAGGUGAUGCGCCACAAGCCGCGCAGACGCGAAGACCCGCUCGUGUCCAAGUGGCUCUUUAUUCGGUACCUGCUCAUCGGCACGUACGUCGGCGUCGCCACCGUCGGCGGUUACGCGUGGUGGUUCAUGUUCUACGAGGGCGGACCGCAGAUCAGCUUCUACCAGCUCACGCACUUUCACCAGUGCGGCACGCUCUUCCCCGAGAUAGGCUGCGAGAUGUUCGUCAACGAGCUGAGUAAGCGCGCCACGACCAUCAGCUUGAGCAUCCUUGUCACCAUAGAGAUGUUCAACGCACUCAACUCGCUCAGCGAGGAGGACAGCCUGCUGGUGCAGCCGCCCACCAAGAACCCUUUCCUCAUCUUUGCGAUUGUCCUUUCUAUGGCACUCCACUUCAUGAUCCUCUACACACCCUUUCUGCGCGAACUCUUUGUCAUUACGCCGCUCAACUGGGCCGAAUGGAAGGGCGUUCUGUACAUCUCAGCACCGGUCAUCCUGAUCGAUGAGGUAUGCAAGUGGAUCACUCGGACGUUCGUCAACCCACCGACUGGUGUCAAAAAGCUCAAAGAGGCAUAGUAGAUGGAAAGGGGAGAGAUGCGGAAUGAGCGGUAGUAGGCGGGCAUCUGACUAGAAAAUCCUUUGGAUAAUUUCUCCUCACCAAAAGUAAUACACCGGUAUUCACAUAGAUACUGGCCCCCAAGACGAAGAGUGAUGCCCGACCUUGCACGGUAGCCUACGGCUGCACUUGCCGUACAAGCCUGGCAGCUGCGCCGUGGAAGAGCUCAUGCCGUACAUCGCCUUCUUUGCCCGCCUCCUCCAAGCUUUGCAGAUAUUCCCCCGGCUUGAACUUGUCGUCGUAAUCGAAAACACUUGUGAUUGCCCCAACGAAAAGAGACAAUGACAAGAAAACCAUAGUGGCUAUGCGCAACGGCCUGCUGUUCUCGU